AUGACGAAAAAGAAAGCAGCUACUAAUUAUGCUGAAAGGCAAAAUUUAGCCAGUGAAGAUUCUUCAGGUGAUUCGGUUCAUUUUAAGGACUUUAUUCCCUUACAAGAGUUACUGAAAGAUAAAAAUUAUGUUCCAUCGGUGGAAAAUUUGGAGAAGAUCUUAUAUAAUGAAACCAUGUUUAAUGAUCAGAAAAUAUGCUCUAACCUAUUGCUUGAGGCUCUCAUAAUUACGUUGUUCACAACAAUUUCAGGGAAGUCAGCUUUACGAUUAAUUCAGACUUCUUCUUUGAAGGAAAGAAAAUCCUGGGCCCAGUCCUUUGAAAAUAACAGUUCUAGCUAUGCUUCCAUAGUACUGAGUUGGAAAGAUAAUGAUAUAUUACUCCUGAAAUUCUUAAGGUUUUUAUUAGCAAAUAAAACGGCCCCUCUUCAAAUUAAUCGGUACAAUCUUCCAGAAUACAAACUCCCGUUGAGCUUUUUAAUUGUUUCAAAAAUUACUAUUCCGUCCAUAUUACUCAAUGAAACGUAUAAUUUGUUAAAGGACUAUUUGUAUUCGAUAACUGGCCGUAUAGAGAGUUUGAUAAGCUGCAGCUCCACAUUUGAUAAGCCAGCACUUGUCGUUAGAAAAAUUUUAAAAGAUUACAAUAGAAUGAUAGAAUGCCGAAAUUUUUAUUUCUGGUAUUCCUUUAAUGCUGAGAACAGAGUAAAUCUUACUUUUAGUGAUAACAUUAGCCUGUUAAUGGAAAAUGAUGAAGGCAAUGCUGGAAGUGGCCUUGACGAUAGCCGUUUUGAUCAUCAAAAACAACCGAGAGAGGCGAUAAUGGGCCGAACAAUAAAUGACCAGGAACAAAUAUAUUCAUUCGAACUGAACCAAGAUGGAACGCUUGAAAUACCCAACGUUAUGGAGCAUUCUUUACUAAGACACGAGCUUCUUUUUAAAAUAUUAAAUCUCACUACGGUAUUGACGCCAUUAUUGGAACUACAAUUUUCUACGCUAUGUGGCUUAGUAGAUCCAUUAAUGCAGCCUACUCCCAAUGAUAAGCAUAUUAUAUCGAUAGACUUUCUUUUUCAGCUUUUUUUGGGAUUAAUGUCUCAGUCGAUCAAGACUUCUCAAGAACACAACGACCAUUAUGACUGGAAAUUUUAUAUGUGUUUUAACAUGCAAAAAAUUAUUGAUGCUACCAUGUUGAGGCUCAACUGCUUUGAUUUUGAUAUAUUAAACUCGGUAAACAAUACAGAUAAUGCAGUUCAUUGGAAGACGCAACUUCACAGAUGGCUACCGCAUGGCCUGAAUACACAAGACUUGGAAUUACUCUAUAUGAUUGAUAUACUGGCGGUAUAUACCAUCUACAAGUUGUAUGAAAAAAUACCUAUACAACUAAACCCAUUUUUAUUUUCAUUAAUAUCCUUAUGGAAAAACCUCUCCUGUGUUAUACUUUUAGCCUUAGAAAUUGAUAGAAUUGAAGAGGAGAAUGGCACUUACGAAACGCCGCUUAUGGUUCGCGCCACAAUUCGUGGAGCCGCAGCAUUGAGGUCUGUAAUAGCUACCGUUCUCAAUGGAUUAGUGAAAAAUAAUGAUCAUGAUUUCAAGCACGAGUCUUUAAACACAUUCAUGUCGCCCUAUGGAAGAAAAUUGUGUCAUGGUGCUUUAUAUGCCGAUUUAAGGUCACAUACUGCAUCUCUACUUGCGCUUGGAGCAAGCAUCGAAGAUGUAACAGAUUUAUUUGCCGAUUUACAGUCAGGUGAUAGAUUUGAUGAGGAUAUUAGAUAUAUGUUUGAUUAUGAAUGUGAAGAUUAUGAUGAAUCUUUCUCUGAAAGCGAUCAUGGAGGAUUGGAUGAAAGCGUUGUUAACCCAACAGAAAAAAUAGCAUCUGGUAGUAAUAAUGUUUUCUUUCGGAGACGGUGCAAUUGCAUCUUCAAUGAUGAUAAGUUGGUGGCAGAGGAUGGUGCAAAUGAAGCCUUUGGGUCAACAAAUAGCGAAAACGUUGAAGGCGCAAUGCAUAAUAAUAGGAAUGCGGUACAUAACGCGACUACAGCCACUUCUGAUCACGUCGUUACGUCACCUAACCCACUUUCCGUUAGAUCAAGAAGUACUUUUGAAUUUGACUAUAGUGGGGAAGAUUGGAGGGACGUUCCCAGAGAUUUCAAUAUGUACUAUUCGCCAUCUUAUUCAUUCAUCCAUGAGCCUAAGUUAGAUGUCAUAUUUAGUUUGACUCUACGUGGCGCAACAGAAAAGUUGAAUAAGGAGGAAUCCAUAUUGUUAGUGCGUUCAGUUGCAUCGUGUGUAAGGAACGAGCAGGACCAAAUGAUUUUAGCAGACCUGGAGUCUAAUUUUUCCGCAAGUAUAAACGGCGAUGUAGAAGGUGAAGGAAAUACCAAAAUGUCCAAGAUAGAUAAUGAAGAUCUCAGAAGAACCACGCCGGAUGAUAUUUAUGAAAUAUGGUCUGAAGAAUCAGCAUUUGAAAGGAUGCUAAACGUGAAUCACGACGUUGCGUGGAGAUUAAUGGAUGAAAUGUUAAUGUGCACCGGUUAUAGGAGAAUAUUGAUAUGGUUCCUUACGCAUUUGGAGUUAAAACAUUCGUUGAUAUAUUACGUUUUUGAACUAAUAAUGGGGUUACGUGGAAAACCGUUUUCCGGAGAAGCCAGUGAUCAAGAUAAAAAGGAUGAUAUGAUAUAUGAGAUCUUGAAGAAAAAGCAGAAGAAUGAAGAUGCUUCAGGACUUCCCUUUUCAAGGCAAGGACCUAUCGUAUUAUCUGAUAUUGAGACUAAAAUGUUACUGCAGGAGUUUUUUAUGAAUGCUGCUAUUUUUUUGUCAUCAAAAAAUAACGAAGAAGAGAAUGAAGACGGCGAGAAAAUCUCCUUGUACUCCCUUGGUUUGGUUAGGUUGAUCUGUUACAUGGUGCAGACACUCAUCGCGAACGACAAGUUUUUUUUUACCAAAUCAGAAUGCACUUUUGAGCUUCAAACUUUACUGAUGACAUGGAUUGGCAUCCUUCCUGAAGCCAAAGAUUUAUUCUUUAAGAUCAAGACAAGGCUCGCCAUGGAAGAAGAGGAUAGUGCCGAUACUAUGCAGCAUGAGGGCAGGAAGAACUCUGACAUAGAGAAGAAGCUAAACGCUAAGCCAGCUUCUGAACUGAAUCUGAAAUUGUUAAACCUGUUUCCCUCAAAGCCUGCAAACAAAGACGAUAGUUCCCCUAUUAACACGUUGCGUAGUUUUAUCGCUGAUUACUCCUUCGACACCCAGGUGAACCCUCCAGGAAGAAGGGUGGUGUUCUACGAUGGUAAGAUUUUGCCAUUGCCCAAAGCCGAUAAGCCUAUCCCACUUCAUGAAUAUAUAACACUCGCAGAGCUCGAUGUUGGAGACAGUGAGUGA